GCUGUCUUCACCUGCACCCCCUCAGAUGAGUCUUGACUCUGCUUGUGGAAGGACGAAGAAAUCACGAAAAUUGCACGUAGACAAUAGCGGCUAAAUUGUAUUGACAAUUUUGUUGUGCAUCGGAGGAACGAAGUUGCUGGAUUUGUGAGUGACCAUCUCUUUAGCAGUAAUGUCCCAGUUUGGGUUUGAGACUGACAUCCACAAUGUCCUCCGGCUGGACAUGCCUAUCACAAACGCCCCGAUGGCGAGGUGGCAGAGGAAAGCCAGCACAUCCAGCUCCACCAACACAAAAUCCCUCUCACCAAACAAGAGUGUCAACCGAUCAGUGAGCCUUUCCAAAACCCCCAGUAAAACACCAGGAAAGAACGGCAAGACCCAAAACACCCCCUCUAAGGCAGGAGGAGAUCGAUUCAUCCCAACAAGAAAUAACAAGCAGUUGGAUGUAGCAAGUUUUCUUAUUUCCAAAGAAAACGAGCCAGUGGAAGACUCCUCUACAGCACCAAAUCAGAAAGCUUGGUCUGUGACACUAAAUGGAUAUGACAUUGAGGAAGCAAAGAUCUUGCAUUUAGGAGGAAAGCCACUGAACGCCCCUGAGGGUUAUCAGAACAACUUGAAGGUUCUCUACAGUCAGGUUCCCACACCGGUCUCGAUCAAGAAGAGCCGGUACAUUGCCUCCGUUCCAGAGCGAAUUCUAGAUGCCCCUGAUAUCAAAAACGACUUCUAUCUGAACCUGAUGGAUUGGGGAAGGCAGAAUGUUUUGGCAGUUGGCCUUGCCAACCAAGUGUAUUUGUGGGAUGCUGGCAUGGGGAGCAUUGUUUUAUUGAAGAAAAUGGAGGAUGAUAAUGAAUACAUCUGUUCUGUCUCAUGGAGCAAAGAUGGCAAUUUCUUGGCUGUUGGGACCAGUGAUUGUAAAGUCGAGUUAUGGGAUGUUCAGUGCCAAAAGCGUCUCCGCAGCAUGGAUGGCCAUUCGGCAAGGGUUGGUUGCUUGAGUUGGAAUGAUCAUGUUUUGUCUAGUGGCUCCAGGUCUGGUUUGAUUCAUCAGCAUGAUGUUCGAGUAGCAGACCACCACAUCUUUACCUUCGGUGGACACACUCAGGAAGUCUGUGGCCUUACCUGGUCUCCAGAUGGGAAAUAUUUAGCUAGCGGUGGCAAUGACAAUAUGGUGUACGUUUGGCCAAUGACGACGGGUUCGGAAUAUCAAGCCAUCCAUGCUCUAAGUGAACACCAGGGAGCGGUCAAGGCUUUGGCAUGGUGCCCUUGGCAGCCUAGCAUCCUUGCAUCAGGAGGGGGCACCAGUGACCGUCAUAUUCGCAUCUGGAAUGCCAACAGUGGCUCUUGUAUCAGUGCAUUUGAUACUUGUUCACAGGUAUCGUCUCUUGUUUUUGCACCGAAUUACAAAGAGUUGGUGUCUGGCCACGGUUUUGCUCAUGACAAGGUUAUUAUCUGGAGAUACCCCUCACUCACUAAAGUUGCAGAGCUUGAAGGACAUGAAGACAGAGUCCUCAACUUGGCUAUGAGUCCAGAUGGUUCAACUGUGGCUUCUGUUGCUGCUGAUGAAACCAUUCGACUUUGGAAGGGUUUUGAAAAGGAUGCCAUCAAGAAACCCAAGCCCACCAACAGCAUCAUUCAACAACGUAUUCGAUAAUGGAUAAUGGAUUUU